CUGCGCGCGCAUGCGCUGUGAUCGUAGCAACAACUAUCAACAACCAUGGCUUCGUCUGGUGAAAGAAUCGGAGAAGAAGGCGCUUAUUUCCUAGAACGUGCCACAAUCACUGAGGAUUCUGAUGAUGAGUUCCAAUAUGAGGAGAUCCCUAUUGAUGACGAUUUAGUCUCUGAAAUUGAUGAGGAUCUUAAUAAUGCUGUGCGUACUAUCCAGGAAGCACAGGAAGACCAGGAAGCAGCUAAGAGAAAGGAAGGUCUCAUUCCUCCACCUGUCACUCAGAGGCCAGAGGUCGUUGAUGACUUUGUCCGUAAUUUCCUGGUCAAGAUGGGAAUGAGUCGUACCUUGGAUUGCUUCCAAACAGAGUGGUAUGAGCUCCAGCAACGUGGUCUGAUGAAUGAGGAGGACGUUGGCACUGUACCUGACAUCUACUGCCGCAAUCAACAGCUCGAUAAUCAGGUCAAGUUUCUCCGUACUGAUGUGGACAGGUUCAGGGAUGCUGCCAUGAAAGCCAAGGAGACUUAUGUGAAGUUACGCAAGGAGAGGGACUUCCAUCGAAUGCAUCACAAGAGGGUCGUCCAGGAAAAGAACAAGUUGAUCGACGACAUCAAAAGGCUGAAGCGUCACUAUGGUUCCUAUGAACCUACCUUGCAGCAACUGAAGCAGAAGUAUGAGGCGGUGAUGAAGGAACGUAUGUUGGCCAAGCUCGAGAGAGACAGAGCUGUCAAUCAGGUGUCUGCCCUGCAAGCGACCCUCCGCAGCCUGGAGAGUGGCUUGAGAGAGGGCGCUACACAAGAGAUGACCAAGGAGGAGCGACGUCUUAUGUUUGCAUCAGGUGUGGGUCCGACCCAGCAGAAUGUUCAUAGGGCCCGUGAGAUGACGACGGAACCCUUCCAGCCUGACCCUAGCAGUAUGGAUGUGACUCAACAGACCAUACCAAGACAUCCUAAGGAUUCAGAGUUCCCAGUGGAUAAUGGUGUAAACCCACAGCUUGCUAGUGUGAAAGGUCCAUCAGCCCAUCUGACACGAACCGGUGGGUUCAGACUCACCCACACCUUCCAAGCCCAUAGUCUGGCUGUCAGCGGGAUUGCCCUCCAUCCUCGGAAGCAGAUCUUAGCGACGGUGAGUGACGAUCAGAAUUGGAAGAUGUGGUCCAUACCUAGCGGUGACAUCAUCAUGACGGGCGAGGGGCAUACAGACUGGAUAGCAGAUUGUGAUUUCCAUCCAAGUGGUUCUCAGCUUGUGACGGCUGGUGGUGACGGAACGGUCAAGAUCUGGGACUUCUCUAAAGCAGAAUGUGUGCACACCUUCUCAGAACAUCAACAUGCAGUAUGGGGUUGUUCAUGGCACGCAUCUGGUGAUUUUGUAGCUAGUGCAUCCAUGGAUAACACCUCCAAGAUAUGGGAUCUCAACAGCCUUCGCUGUAGAUUCACACUGAGAGGGCAUGCUGACUCGGUGAACUCUGUCAUGUUCCUGCCCUUCUCCAACAACAUCCUCACAGCGUCGGCUGAUAAGACGGUCUCACUUUGGGAUGCACGCACGGGUCUUUGUGGUCAGACUUUCUACGGCCACGUCCACUCCGUCAACCACGCCACAUUCAGUCUACGAGGUGACAGCAUUGCUUCCUGUGAUUCCUAUGGUGUGGUGCGAGUAUGGGACACUCGGACCUGUGCAUCCAUGGCGACCUAUGACGUAGGACCACACCCGGUCAACAGGGCGGCCUUUGACUCAUCCGGUACAGUCCUGGCCGUGGGUAGCAACGAUGGAACGGUGAAGAUGAUGGAUCUUACAUCAGGCCAGGUGUCUAGCCUUGCAGGUCAUGAAGAUGCCGUCCAUGCCGUCAUGUUUGACAGGGCUGGUGACUUCCUGGUCUCGGGAGGUGCAGACAACACUGUCAGGAUCUGGUCCUGAUCUGGUCCUGUUUGUAAUAUAAGACUUGGUCCAGUUCCUGCUUUCCAUCUAGCUCUCAUAGUCCAGGCUUAGGAAGAUUAAUAUAGUUGAAUUUAUUCAUUUUUAACAGCAUUAUGCUUGUUGAUGUUGUAAUAACUAAGUUUAUAUACUGCCCUCUUCCUAUUAUUCUCUACAUGUAAGCAGGCAAUGUUGCAUGCAUUUAUGACAAUGGAAAUGUCUGAUAGAGUGAAAUUUGUUAGCGCUACCAAUGCCAAGAAAACUGUCAAUUAGAACAUAUUUCUUCGGAGAUAAGAUUGAAAUGCUUUAGAUUAGGCAAUAUGUCAAGUUUCCUGUAUUUCAGGGCUGCCAAAUCUUUAAGUAUGUAUUCAAAGAAUUUGGUGUGUUUGAUAGUUGAAGACAAUGCUAAGACAAGACCACUGUCGUUGUUGCCAGUUUGCAACAGCAUUUCAAGUACUACCAAUUGGCAAAAGCCUGAUAAUACAAAAGUGAUAUAAUACAGAUACCUUACUCAGAAUUACAGAGGCACUCAUUUUUUUCUUCUUCAUAAUUUCAUUGAUCCCAUUUAUAAAUCCCGGUUUUAAUAAUGUUUUGUCAAAGUGUACAUUUUUCAAUAUCAUUCAUUGUUGUGAUAUAUUGUAAUUGUUGUUAAAUCAUAUUUUUACUAAAACAACUUAAAAAAAAACUAAAUAAAGCAAUGGGAAGAAAUACAAAAAAUUGCAAGAAUCAGCCGGAUAUUCAGAGUGGUAGGAAAUGAAAAAUCAGACCCUUUGUUUCAUCUAUUAUAAACCACAAAGGCUGUUUUAAGUGUAAAAUGAUACAAGUUAAUGCUCUUUUCCCUGUCAGAAGACAAUAUGUUCUUUCAGGUUAUUCUUUAUGACCAAGUUUUGUAUCUUAUAUUUACAUAUACAUGUAAUUCCCAUGUAUAGAAUGAUUCAUAUUUAUGACCUUGUGUGUCUUAUGCAAUGUUUGAAUGUUUCCAUUAUUGUACAUAUUCAAGAAAUUAAAAAGAAACAUUGAAUGGACAUGU